AUGCCAGCAUAUACACUCGCAGUGAUCGGCUGCGGCACGAUGGGCGUAGCCAUCCUGUCUGGCGUGCUCGAUUCGCAGCGCUCGCUCCAACAAGCCGCCGCUGCCUCUAUGGCCUCCUCCGUCUCCUCCCUGCCUGACUCCUCUGCGGGAGACGACCUGACCGAGCUGCCCACACGCUACAUCGCCACGGUCAACCGGGUCGAAUCUGUGCGUCGGUUGAAAAAGACCUUCUCCGCCUACCCCGAUAUCGCCAUCACCUCGGGCCAGAACGUGGCCGCUGCCAAGGACGCCGACGUCGUUCUGCUCGGAUGCAAGCCUCAGAUGGUGCAAGACAUCCUUGCCGAGCCGGGGAUGAAGGAGGCGCUGGAUGGUAAGAUGGUCAUCUCCAUCUGUGCUGGUUUGCGGAUCGAUCAGAUCGUAGCUUGGGUGACGGACAAGACAAAGGUGGUGCGAGCUAUGCCCAAUACGCCAUGCAAGAUCCGAGAGGGAAUGACGAUCCUCACACCCCUGCCAUCGAGCCUGCCAACCGCAGAGGUGGACCGCAACAUCCUGUUGAGCAUCUUCAGCGCCGUUGGCCGAUGCAGGUUUUUGGACGAGAAGCAUUUUGAUGCCUGCACCGCGCUCGCUGGCAGUGGCCCCGCAUUCGCCUGUGUCUUUCUGGAAGCCAUGGCCGACGGAGGAGUGAUGAUGGGCCUGCCGAGACAGGAAGCGUUGGAAUUGGCAGCUCAAACCAUGCAGGGCGCUGCGAGGAUGGUCAUGCAGUCCGGAAUGCACCCCGCCGCCAUCAAGGAUAGCGUUACUACGCCGGGUGGUUGUACGAUUGCAGGACUGUUGAAUUUGGAAGAUGGCAAAGUGAGGAGUACGGUUGCGAGGACCAUCCAGGCUGCCGCGGAGCACGCAAGUGGCUUGGGCCAGAACAAGAAGUAG